GGAAGUGGAAGCCGUCCUGUUCUUCCACCGACCGACACAAUUGACACGCACUCACCGGUCACCACGGCGCCGCUUCCCUGCUCGCUCGGUGCUGGUUUAUGUUGGGCCGCUUGCUUGGUAACGCGUCGCAGAGCUUGUUGAAGCGGGUGUCGCACAUCAUGAAGCCGCAGGUUAUCUUCGUCCUGGGCGGGCCCGGCGCCGGCAAAGGGACGCAGUGCUCCAAAAUAGUGGAGGCCUUCAACUACACUCAUUUGUCAGCUGGAGAUUUGCUGAGGGCAGAGCGAGGUAGAGAAGGGUCUGAGUUUGGACAGCUCAUCGAUAACUAUAUCAAAGAAGGCAAAAUCGUCCCGGUGGAGAUCACCAUCAGCUUACUCAGACAGUCCAUGACAGAGACGAUGACCAAAGACCAGACCAAGAACUGUUUCCUAAUCGAUGGCUUCCCUCGUAACGAGGACAACCUGCAGGGCUGGAACCGGCACAUGGAGGGCAAAGCAGACGUCAAGUUUGUGCUUUUCUUUGACUGCAGCAACGAGGUUUGCAUCGACAGAUGUUUAGAAAGAGGGAAGAGCAGCGGACGGACAGAUGACAACAGAGAGAGCCUGGAGAAAAGAAUCCAAACCUACCUGAACUCUACGCGACCAAUCAUCGAGCAAUACCAGAAACAUGGCAAGGUGUACACCAUCGACGCCUCCCGCUCCGUGGAUGAGGUGUUUGCUGAUGUGGAAGCCAUCCUGAUCAAAGAAAUUUGAUUUUCUCCCAACUGUCAGCAACAUUCAUUUAUCUUUUUAAGUUUCUUUUUAUCCACUGCGUUUCUACUUUAAUGCGUUUCUAUGUCCUUCCAGAUGAGUUUUUGUUUGUUUUUCCUUUUGAUUUCCAUGUCUAAACACAACGCUGUUCGUGCGAACACGCCGCGUGGUGGUAGAAGUGAUGGAUUUGGGGGGCCGGGGUUUUGGGGGCCAAGGGACGGGAGGAUAUGCCCAGCAGCUACUUGCUAUCGACCCAUUCAGCGCCUCUCCUCUCGAGACGCUUAUAAAUUUAUCAAAGACGCUAAACGCUGUCAUCAACAUGGUAUUUAUCACUAAUGUCUUCACAGUAUCAUGUCGUAAGAAGGAGCUGUGAUGCUUCAGACCAAACUGUCAUGUGACCUGGUGACAAGGAUCGAGUUGACUCUUCAUCGAUUUGCCAAUAGCCUUUCAGCCAUCUCAUUAAAUUCAAUUUUACAUCUGUGUCAUGUUUGGACAGCGGCUGCUCCACGUGGAAGCAUCCAGCGUCUGGUUGGGGGGAAAGGUUGGAAGAGUGAGACGUGUCUUUAGCAGAACAUUUUGAUGCACUUCAUUGAAGAAAUAACAUCUGGGACAAGUUGAAAUAAAUAUGUAGAUGAAAAUGAAUUUUUUUUGUAUGAUGUGUUUGAGGAAGAUUCAUAAAGAUGGAAAGUGAAAACAAAACAUUGAGUUUUUUUAUACUUUUGAUUAUGUUACCCACAUAUAGUUUACUGUUUAUAGUAAAAUUUCAAGUUAUUUAUUUUAUUGAGAAUGCCUAUCCAAGCCAACUGAGACCUGUGUGAAAAUGUGAAAAUUAAAUCCUGUUUCAUUAGCUACACCCAGGCCAGGAUACUGUAUACAACACAAUAAGCAGACAGCUGCGUUUCCAUUGAGCAUAUUUGUGCAAUUUGGCUUUUUGACAAUGAAUUGGCUCAAUAAAAACAUGAAAAUUAAAAAUAAAAUUCACCAAAAUGACAGGGAAAAAAAAUUCUCAUCACACGAGUCACAUGAUCAACAACCGGAUGUACUCACUGGUGCAAACCAUGAAGAAGAAAAUCACGGGAAGUAGCUAGAGGGUGAGCAUUUUUAAAUAAACUAUCAUAAACUUAUUCUGUGUAAUUUUACUUUUCUAAUUGAAUGGAAGCACCGCAAUUACAAAAUUAUGUUUUUUCGACAUUAACGUAAUAUUGACAAAGUUUUACACACAUUUGAUCGAAUACAUUUUCACUUUAUGUACUUCCUGCUGCACGGCCGUCAUGCAGUGCAAUGUUAGUGUGGAAAGUUCUAGAACUCCACACGUCCAAGAAGUUUAUUCUAUAUCCAGAGGUUUAAACAGAACAGCUCAACGUGUGGAACAGAAGAUGUUUACUUGAUUAUGUAGAAAAUGUGUUUA